GUCUCAUGUUGACAAGUCAUGAAUUACUGUCAAAAGUUAAUUUCAAUGUUGUCGUGUAUUCACCCAAGCGUGUCCAUGUAAUUUCCACGCGCUCGCCGUCAUGGGCUUCUGGCGAAACUUCAUUUAUUUCAAGGUUUUUGGCGUGAAACCCCGAACAGUUUGAACUCUCAGGAUUUCCGCAGCUCGACAGAAACACCAUCUUCCUCGGGAUCUAGAGCUUCAUGCGUUAACAACUGAACAAGCGAGUGGAAGGAAUUUUUAAUAUUGAAUGCACGCCACAAUCUAUCCGGCGCCUGUUGAAAACGAAAUGACUUUAACUUCUCGUUAAGACCAACAAGACCACUUCUACAACUUCCUAUUUACGCAAGGUAAGGAGAAAGAAAUUAUUGAGAAUGCAGUGUUGUUUUUAUCUCAUUUUCUGAACGUUUGUGCUCAUUACAAAGUCAAACUUUGUCUCGACGGUCAAACAAUCGUCCGGAUACUCGACGGAGCAGAAGAAUGAAUAAUUUCUUAAUUCGUUUUUCCGCACGUAGUCUUGUGGUUAAGUCCUAGCACCUUCGAUCUCUCUAGCAAAAACACUGUGUUAGUGCUUGACCGAUGUAAGAUGUUUUGACUUUCCUAACAUCCUUAUUUAAUGUUCAAUUCCCCUGCAGGGCUUGACGUCAAGGCGAAGGUAGCCGGCACGUUUUCUGAUCUACUCGAGUAGAAGGCAUAUUUUACUGCUGGAAAAUGGUUCUCGCAUUUCGUCGCCGGAGUGGUUUUCUCACCGUCUUUAUUCUUGCCGGAAUUUCUGCGAUUGAAUCUCAACAAUCUGGAGGUAGGUUUGUGUGGCAAACCUUACGUACAUCUGUAGACUGUGUUUCUUUUGUGCGUUUUAUGAAUGCAUUUUAUCAUCAUAGAAUUCAGACACUGAGACAGGUCAUGCCGCUUAAGAUUCUCAAUGAAAUGUUUGAUGAUGAGUAACGCGCCAAAGCAGAAUUUUAAUGUUAUAAACGAUGUACCCGUUUUAAGUCGAGUGAGACUCUCCACUGAUAGUCAAAAAUGUUCGAAUCUUUCCAAAGAAAAGUGUUAUAAUUUUAUGCGCAAAUUUUUGGUUCGCUUUUAAACCUUAUCGGCUCUUUGUUGCGUCUCAAAUUUUGUUAUCGUACACCGGUAAUUAUAACCAAGCCGCCAACGUCUUACUCGGCAGCAAUAAUAUUUAUUGAAAAAACUUAGACGUAUAUUUCCCAGCGUGAUUCUGACAAUCAUCCAACAGCGGGAUCCUUAAAGGGAACUAUCGAAAAUGAUUUCGAUUACCCAAUUUAUUUAUUUACACGGGUUAAUGAAAUAUCCCUAUAGAAAAACAAUUUAAUUUAAAAGUUUUAAAGAACGGCAUAGUGGAAAUUUAAGUUAUUGUGCUUUUCAUUAUCCAAAACUCUUGAUUCUUCGCUACAAUACUUCUUCGUGAACAUUCGAUCAACAAUGGGUUCGUUUGCAAAGCAGUACGUGAAAUUUCAAUGGCUUUGUUCAAUAUUGGUUUACAAUACAAACGGGUUGUUGUUGAAUUUUUACACUAUGAUGUAGCGGAGUAACCGGAAAGUUCGCACACAGAUCAAUUUAGAGGUACUGUCAGAAUCCAAGGCUUUUUGGUACAAGUUGCAUCUGAAAGAGCACGUACACAUUAUAUUUUCACAACAUGACCCCUAAUUAAAACGCAGAAAAAGAUACAAAUAGCACACAAGCCGGAAUUUCGCGGAAGUCAUAAUACAUUUUUUGCUUUGAUUUCAGCUCAAUUUCCUAGUUUAUUGCGAUAUUAGGAAACUGUUAUAUCAUUCCGUCGCCGUUUCGUUCUAAUCGUUUCGGCUAAUUCGCGGUAGUGGCGAAAACAAAAAAUUACAGGGAUGCGAUAUUCAACGAUCGAUUAGUCGAGUGAAAAGCUUAGUUAGUCGUUCAAUAAUGGUAAAUUUGCACUGUAUUUUUUUUAUUUGAACAAAAAGUUAGCUCUCAUCCCAUGUGACGUUUCAAAAAAAGCUUUAGACCAGAUCUUGCGGACGCCAGCAAUCGAAGUUAUCAAGAACUUUUUCAGCUGGAUUAGUUUUAGGAGGAAAAUUUGCAUAUCUUCAUCGAGCCCACUCUAAAAUGAUGCAUGGUCAUGAUUUGCCUCUAGCUACAGAGAAGAACCACUCAACUUGCGGUCACUUUUAUCUCGUGUUGUUCCAUUAAGGUGGUUGAAUCUUUAUUCACAAUAAAUGAUACAAGAUCACAGCCUGCAACAAACGUACAAGGUAUAUAAAUGUGUAAAUAAAUACUAAGAAAAGCCCUUUUAUGAAGGCUCUCUUAAAUCGGCCAUGUCCAACGUAAGUAGGAAAGUAAUUAUGGCCACCGUCACGUAAUCUCCUUUUCUUUGCGGGGAAGAGCUGAAGUUCAUGGAGGCUUAGAUAGGGAUCUUGGUGAUCUUCUCCCGCAGUGGUGGUCAUCCCUUUCAUGUUUUACUUUUUAUUUCCUUUCAAAAAUUGAAGAAUAACAAGUAAACGGACUGAUUAAAAAAUUGGUGUCGGUCCCUGUCUGUGAAGUAACAGAAGGAAAUGUUUAUCUCAGCUUGUCUACUUACUACAUUGAGCGAACUCACAGCAAAAUUGGCCACUUAGGAACGUCACCAUGCAUUAGUGGAGGAUCAGCGCGCAUGUGCGUGUGCGUCCUCAUCCAUCCCCACCCCCCCCCCCCUCUCCUCACCCCCCGCCAAAAAUUGUAGUCAAUGUAGUCAAUGUAGUCAACAGGGCUCAUGCCCAGUCACAAUUGUUCUUUCUAAGAGUAAUCUUGUCAAAGUGGGUAAUAUGUCCCGCAUGUCAUUGAAUUUGGUUAUUUUUAAAAUGGUCUGGGUCGACAUUGAUACACUUAAUGUUGUUAAUUUUAUGAACGCAAAAAAGCAUAAAUUAAACGCGAAAACAUCGAUGGCUGAAAAAACUCGUGCGACACCGGUUGACGUGUGUUCACUUCUAGUCUCCCUAAGAAUUGUGUGGAACUAAAGUAAUAUCAAAAGUACGAGUUAACUUUAAUUUACUGCUUAAUGCCCGUCACUUUUUUACUAGUUCUGUGUAAGGUAACACCGCUUGUUUCUUCCUUUUUUUGCGUCAGUAUGACGCCACGUUAAUUCCAGUUUUUGUCAGAACAUAAUUUAUCGUGUUGAUGACGCGUAGGCUCGGCCAAGAUUGAACACUGGCAAUGACACAGACCUUUAUGGUUACCGCUACAGAUUAAAUGCCGAUUAUUUUUUUCUGAGAAUUUAUUCGCUGGUAAGCACAGAAGAAAUAAGUGUUACUAAAAUUCUUACUUUGGCAUAACAAAUACUAUACGCAGUACAAUUUUUUCUCCAGACUUCAGAGAUAUUUUUUAUAAUAUUUUGUGCAGCAACUUUCAUCUUUGAAAAUAAAACUGAACGUUGUUGUGUAAACAUUUUCUAAUAUGGAGCCUUUUAUUCCUUUUGUCUAAAUGUUCUAGAUUACUAGCUGUGAAAAAACAACUUACUCAAAUUGACUUCUGCAAAAACCUGUUUUUUGAAAACCGGGAGCUCGCAGGGUGAAGGAAAAUGCAUGAUUUUCCUGGCUCCUCAUCCACUAUAAUUUUUAUUUUAAACGGGAUUCGUCAUGACUUGCGCACGAUCAUCAAGAAUCGAGAAAAAAGUGACACGAACGGGCCGUUUGCGGGCUUUGCUGUUGAGUUUUAUACUAUCUGUGACCAAAAACCCUGUGGUCGUCGACUUAUGCCGCCACACGCUCUGCUUCUCGUCAAUUACGAUGGGAAACAACACACUUAGAUGACGCCUAGUUGGCGAACACGUAGCGUGACAUAGCCCCUUUAACUAACAAUUCACGUCAAAAAUGGAGGUGCCCCUAAUAUUUCAGUGAUAAGAAGUAUAUAGGGCUAAAGUCAGUCUUUUCUCGUCCUUUGCAGUUGCGCCUGAUUUGAGGCAAUCGUCUCCUCCAAGGGUCGUGAAACCAGUAGGACAAGAGGAGGUGAAACUGGUGUGCUAUGUGAAAUACGCUCAAAACUACACUUGGUAUAAGAAUCAUAAAAAGAUUCAUCAGCCGGCUGAUCGAUAUGUUGUGAAAACUCCGCGGUAUUUGCGAAUAACGGACGUUCUUAAAUCGGACAGUGGAACGUUUGUUUGCAUUGCUUCCAACAAAUAUGGAACAGUAAAUUGCACAAUAAGGCUGAUUGUGGAAGGUAAGAGCUUGGAGGAAUUGAGUGCAAACUGAAAAUUUUCCCUUUAUUGAUGGGAGAAAGGAGUGGGAGAGAGAAAGAGAGAGUUAGUUGUGAGUAGGAAAAUCGUGUUAUUUGAAAACUUAUUCCGACUGUGUAAGUUAAAAAAUUAGGGAACCAAAGGGUAUAAAAAGCAAAUCAAUGUCUGAAUAGCGCAUAUGUUAAAUAUUGUUUGUGGCAGUGGAGGUUUUUUUUGAUAGAGGAUAGAUAUAAUGUAUUCCACAUGAUUUUUCUUUGCUCAGAUCCAACGGUUUCGCCUACAAAUGUCUCAGGAGGUACAGUUAAUUGAUAUGUUAUCAAACUUAAUAGCUCAUAAUUGUCUCAUAGAAAUUUUUGUAUGUGUGAUUAACCCUAUUUUUUACCUUGCUCAAGGCGUCCAGUUGGUAAAUCGGCGUGAAAUAGUCAACGACGCGAAUGGAGGUCGGGUUAGCGGAGUGAAAAAGCGUGGGAGGCUUGGGUCGGGUCACAUUGAAAAAGCGCGGGAGGUUUGAGUCGGGUCACACCGAAAAUGUGCGGGAGGCUUGAGUCGGGUCACAUGAAAAAGCGCGGGAGGUUUGAGUUGGGUCACACUGAAAAAGCGCGGGAGGUUCGGGUCGGGUCGCACAGGGAGGCGCGCGUCACUUUCCUUUACUAACUCCUUUGUACUCUGUUGGUGACGACUGAUCACCUCACCGUUCUCUUGGAAAACCAUGUGAUCCCCCCAAAAUCCUCCAAACCCCCCUUUCCCCCCCCCAUCCCGUUAGGCGAGAAAUAAUAACUGCUCGCCCUGCUUCUAUUUUACUUAUUUUUAUUUGUCACUUUUGACAGCCGUGAAGCCCCACUUUCUGUAUCCAGACAAAAUGGCGAAGGUCACGGCAAAAUUAGAAUAUAUGGAGGGAGACAAAUUCCAACUACUAUGUGACGCCAAAGGAACACCAACACCGACUGUCACGUGGUACAGGGGUAAAGAAAUAUAUCGUGGUUCUAGAUCUGACGAAACGAUAACACCAGGGCGUUAUCACUAUAUUAUAUAUUUCAACGGGGUGGAUGUCAAAGACGCAGGAAAUUACACGUGUGUUGUGAAAAACUCAUAUGGUACUUUGACUCAUUCAUACGUCUUUGACGUGAAGGGUAAGUGACAAAGACGGCGACGAUUUGUAAUAGAGGUUCGCGCUAACGAUCUGUCACAACCUCUCGUAAUCUCUAAUUUCCUACGUAGGAUCUGUGAAAAUAGGCUCGGUAGUGGUAACGAUAGUUUGAGGUAGACCUGUUACCAAUGUAAUGUUGGACGCAAUCGAUUAUUGAGUUGCGUUCGCUUUUUUGGAUAGGUCGAUUUAGUCACCCACUUAUAUGUGUCAAAUUGGCUUUGUUCCACACCGUAACUACCAAUGAUCAGGACGCGUGAGCGCGAAGGCGCGUGGGCGCGUGUUGCAUGUUUUUCUGGUCCAAGGAUCGAACAAAUUACAGUCGAACCUGUAUUAAGCAGUAAAGUAUUAAACAGUCACCCUGUAUUAAGCGGUCGGUUGUCAUAGACCCGAAUUUGUUUCCCCUUGAUCACUGUAAUUUUUACGUCUUUAAGUGGUCACCUCUCUUAAGCGGUCGUGGUCACCUUAGUGGAUCAAUAUCAGUAGCUGGGAACAGACCCUUAUAUAAAACUACCGUACAAUUUUAACAAAACACCCCCUAUAUAACUCGCCUUAAGCGGUCGUGGUCACCUUCGAGUAAGUCACAACGGCCUGCUUCUAUUAUCCUCCAGCUGUGUUGAACGGUCACUAAAGCGGAACUACUCAAAUAAGACUAAGAAUAUUAUUACAACUAAAAUUUAAUUACUUCUCUCCCGAAAUCAAUUUUUAAUAUCUUUGAGCCGGUUUUUGUACAUUAAGAGUUUAGUUAUGGCAUAUAACGGCGUUUUUUAUAGUGUUCCUUUUCUGUGGAACCUGUAUUAAAGUGGUCAACCAGUACCAAGCGGUUACCAUUCCCCGUGGGUGACUGCUUAAUGGAGGUUUUACUGUAUAUGCCAGGAAUGGGUUUUAACGGUCCGAGCUUUUGACCAGUUUCUUGGAUUCAUGCCUACGCAUGCGCCAGUCGUAAUUUAGCCCCCCUUACCUGAUUUAACUUUAUGCUCAGGAAUGCGGUUUAACUUGCGGUAUCCGCGAUUGCCGUGAGAUGUUCACAUCUAUGCUAGUACCCAUUUCAUUGGUCGACGAUUCAAUUGAUAUGAUAGAAAUAGCCGAGUCUACUUCGGUGGGAUAUGCUUUAACCUGUAAAACGAUUUUCCUUACCAUAGGCCGUCAUAAAAAUGAAACAUUGCAUGACAAGAAAGUCUCUACCGGAUUGUGUUUUGACCUUUAUCUGGCAUUUACUCUGUUUUGUCUUUUUUCAUAGAGAAAAUUCGAAGUUUUCCUCAGAUCUUAUCUAUUUGGGAACAGAAAAAACCUGAAUAUGCUGGAACCGAUUUGCAGAUGCACGCCAUUGUCCUUUCCAAGGAUGAGAAUACGAAAUUCUUUUGGUAUUUCAGCAAAAGCUUUUUUCCAGAUGAAACCAAUCUAGGCACUUUAAUCAACCAAACUUUGUCUGAAAGUCGUCUGGAGACGCCGCUUAGUAGCGGUGUAUCGUGGCUAAAAUGGAAGGUAGUCCUGAAUUUGAAAAAUCUUUCUGUGGCUGAUUCGGGUUCAUAUUCGUGCCAGGCUGAAAAUAUCGUUGGAACCGUUCAACGUCAGACCCCGCUUAAUGUGACUACAAGGCCCAUUACACCAUCUCCUUCAGGUAGGAAGUGAUUGAGUAAGCAUGCUGAGGCAAAUGGAUUAUGUUACUUCAGAAACCCACUCCAGACUAUCUGUUAGCCCUUUUCACUCCUAAAAUCUCAUUAGUGAUUCUCCCUUCUGUCUGACAUACAGCUCCUACUCUCAUCACUUUUCUUCUUGGUACUGUGUUGAUAUUGAGAGGAGAAAUUCUGUCUUGCUUACUCAUGGAAGGUAAAGGGUUAAAAAGGGUUUGGGAGCGGCAAGGGAGAUAUAGAAGAUAAAGAACCAAUAUUCAGUGGGCGAUAUGGUGGUACGUGCUCUGGUUUGCGGGCUCGAAUUUUUGUACCCCCAAUCCGAAAAUGUGUGACCCCAUUCAAGUAACUUAAUUGAAAAUGAAUUCAAUCAAUUUUUUACCACCAUUGGCUGCGCCUCGUGAGUCCACAACACUUUUACUACUGCGAUUUUCAUUGUUUUUCAUAAUCAACGAGGAUUUUAUAAUGUCAUUCUCAGGUACACCGUCAGUCACAACUCGACCAGAUACAGAAAGUGCUGCUCCAGUAAGUGAUGUAUCAGGUCCCCCUCCGAUUUUAAGUCCAUUGGAGAUUACUCUUUUCGGUGUCGGCGCUUUUAUCUUCAUACUGUUAUUGAUCAUCUGUGCAGUUGUCUAUUGUGUGCGCUUGAGAAAGCGUAAGAAGGGUCGCAACUUAGAUGUAAAAUACGACGCCGUAACAGAAGGUGCUGUCAUCGAACCACAACGCUUCGUUCCAAGAACAGCGUCUGUUUCUUCUACAGCCUCAGCGCUUUCCUUAAUGCGUCAAAGGAGCUUUCGCAGUCGCCUGGAAUCGAGGUUAACACAGGUGAGGGUUAGAUAAAAGACACUUUCUGGUGGUCUUCUGCCGCCUGUGAGACCUCUUACCGCCGUCUGUUUAGCCAUCGAGUAGGUUUUCGUGUUUGGGUUUCACCAUGCCACACUAUCAAAGAUGCUUAACUGUCAACUUCCCUCCCCCUUCCCCCCGUGUUAGGCAAAGCGCAUAACAUUUCCUUUAUAGUCUUCUACUUCUUGGGUGGACCUCAAAUUUUUCUUCCGAGCAAUAAUGAUAUUUAAGGACAAGCAACACUCCGCCUAGUACACCAUCGACAGCUGCCCACGGAAAAAGUUAUCGACAACUGAAAUUUGUACUUAAGCUUCACAUUUUCACUUGGUGUGAGCUCAUUUUGUGUUGUUUUGGAUGCACAUGUUCUCCUCUUUUUCCCACCCCAUUUAUACCUAGUUGUCUAUUUUUCUCUGUAUUAUGGUUAGGUGUCGGACAUCGAAGUGCCAUAUGAAGAAGCUUGGGAGAUUGACAGAUUCUCGUUGGUUCUCUCUGACAUACUCGGUGAAGGAGCAUUUGGACGAGUUAUCAGAGCAGAUGCUCUUGGCCUAGGUUGUACUGUAGCUGUGAAAAUGCUUAAAGGUAAGUGAAGGGACCUGUUUUGAGGCUACACUUAGUCACGCUGGUUUUUUGUGAGCCCCCUUUACCGCGCAAGUCAAAGUACAUAACAUUUCUUUUAUAUAAUUCUUCUACUUGCGUGCAUUUCAUUUCCGAGCAAUGAUGCGACGUAAGGGCAAGCUAAACUCAUUUUGGUAAUCAUAGAGCUUACAACGGUGUGAUGCUUAUCUUGAUAUAAGAAUUACCAAUAACUGUUUUGUGAUCUUUUGUUAUGAUUUGCAGAGGAUGCGACGGAUCAGGAAUUGAUGGACUUGGUGUCGGAAAUGAAAGUGAUGAAGACAAUAGGAAAACAUAAAAAUAUCAUCAACUUAUUGGGAGUGUGUACACAGGAAGGUAAUUUUCUCCUUUGGUUAGGCCUUUUCACCCGAACAUCAGUAUGCAUAUUCUCCAUACCGUUCUCUAUACAUUUCCUAUGGUGCUGGCAAAGAAAAUUUGUUCAACGAUCAAGAAUCUCUUUACUCGGUGAUCUUUCCCUAUAUUUUUGUGACCGUAAUGUUUGACUCAAGAGUGGUAUUGGAAGGAGAAACUUGAUGUUAGACACUCUAAGGGGUUGGUGGGUCAAGAGAUGAAAUUCUUUUUUUUUUUCUUUGAAUCAUGUCGUGAAGUAACCAUGCAUAAACCCACGCACUCUUCAAGACAUGUCUUUCACUAUAAUUGAUCUAUAUUGAUCUGACAUAAUCUGUUACCAUCUUUUCUUCCUUGCGCUGGUUACGUUGCUUGUCAGUAUGUUUGAUAUCAACCAUAUCGUCACGUAGGAGAGGAACUUACUUGUCGCUUAACCUUGCAUCAUUUGUUUUGCUUUCCAGGUCCCUUAUUUGUUGUGGUAGAAUUCGCGGCUCAUGGCAACCUUCGGCAGUUCCUUCAAGAGAGGAGACCUGGGUUGGAGUACCAUAAUGAGGCUGAUAGCCUCUCUCCAGAGCAACUUACUCUUCAAGAUCUUAUGUCUUAUUGUUAUCAAGUAGCAAAAGGAAUGGAAUUUCUGUCAUCCAGAAAGGUGAACAACAAUAAUCUUGCUUGUUUAAUUACGUUUUCACGGAAACGAAACAAGGUGCUGAUCCGUUGUUAUAUUUUCGGGUUUUUGUAUGCUACUUCACAUGCUAUGUGACUGAUUUGUCUGAUCGCAUAACUUCCGAACGGAAUAUGCUUUAGAUUUGAUUAAGAACAACCUCCCUCCCAAGGGCUCUAUCCUUAAUUUUCUCGUCACGAUCGUGAGAGUAAUCCGGGAUUGAAUUGGUUUUGCUUUCCUUUACUCUGUGAUUGGUCCAGAAAACUCUCGCCGCUCUCUCAACCAAUCAGAUGCACAACUAACGUCAAUUGCGACUUGGUCGCCCACGUUCUCUCGCGUUUUAUGCGAUUUGCUUGUUUUCACUUUGAGUUCUCAUUGGCUCGGCGUUAUUUCUUACUUGUGAUUGGCCUUUGAAAUUACUUUGGUUCUGGUUUUACGACACUCCAUCGAAAAGAGCUCCAUACCAUUAUAUGAAAAAUAACUCACUACUUGAAUUUUUUGGUCUUUUGUAGUGCAUUCACAGAGAUUUGGCAGCAAGAAAUAUUUUGGUGGCCCAAGACUACGUCAUAAAAAUUGCUGAUUUUGGUCUAGCGAGGAACGUGAGAGACGAUGAUUAUUAUCGGAAAACAACAGACGUAAGAUUAUAGAUAGCAAAGAACAAAUAUUUAAUGUCUUAGUGAUAUUGCCGAAACAUGAUCGAGCACUUAUCAAGCCGAAAAUGCGUCAGAAGAAAGUACGAGCUGUCUUGAUUGGGUAUCUUCUAUAACGCAAAUCACUCGAAGACAGAAUGUUUCAACUCGGAUGGAAAUAUUGUAUGUGCAUCAUGGAAAACCGACUUGUCAAUGUUGGUAGCUCGUGCAAACGCUUGCAGAAAUUUCGUGACCAAAGAUUGUUGUUGGAUGUUGUUGUGUAAGGUAUUAUUGCUUCAAACAUUAUAGCCAGCAUUUCUUUCGUUUUGUGGUCAUCGGAAACCAUUUGUAAGCUUCCACCCGUGCAGCCCAACAACAGCUGCUAGAUUCUCAGGUUGUUGAAACGUCAGUGGACAGUGGACAGACAGUCAGUCACAGACAACAGCGCAGACCUCACCCCAGAUGAUCAUAAUACAGAAUCUAUGGCUAACCGUUGAUAUUGGCACCGAGUUGUCUUAUUGUUAACUGAGCACUUUCCACAAAGGAUACAGUUCAUUCGGUCCUAAUAAGACUUUUAUUAUAUAUAUCCUGGGUUCUCUUGUGAUUAUCUCUUCUAGCAAUUGUUUUUAGACCUAAAAAAUGCAUAGAUCAUCACUUUACUUGCAGCUAGUGUUCAACCUCAAGAUGUGGUUUAUUAUCCAUAAACACGGGGAAAUGUUUUACACGUUCGUAUAUUCUCCCUACUAUCCUUUCUUAGGGAAGACUUCCAGUCAAGUGGAUGGCGCUUGAGGCAUUGAUCGAUAGAGUUUAUACCACGAAAAGUGAUGUGUAAGAAUAAUUUACUUUGAUGUUACUGUGAUACUGUUUUUUUUUUUUUAUGAAACUGCCAUCUUUUCAUGCUGUGUCAGUUCGACGUUGCUACACUUCUUGUCCAAGCUUGCAUGUUAUUUCUCUUUUGCUGGUGUUUCAACCUGAUGUAACUUCUCUUAGAUUUAAUUGAUGGUUUUCAAGCUGUACUUUAUAUGAUGUGCUUGAUCCCGAAAAAUUAGCUCGGGAUACUUCAGCUCUAUAGUAGCCAAAAAUUAAUGUAAAAUUUCAUUUCUUUGUUUAGAUGGUCGUUUGGAGUGCUAGUAUGGGAAAUUGUUACUUUUGGUAAGUGAAUGGUACUUUGUCUUAUUUAUGAAUUUUUAUCCUUUGCAUAAUCUAUCUUGACAUUGACAUCAACACUGACAUCAACAUUGACAAUGACAUUGACAAUGACAUUGACAAUGAUGGUGACAAUAACUUUGACAAUGAUGGUGACAAUAACUUUGACAAUGAUGGUGACAAUGACAUUGAAAGUGAUGGUGACGAUGAUAUUGACACUGGCAAUAACAUUGACAAUGAUGGUGACAAUGACAUUGACUGUGAUGGUGACAAUGACAUUGACUGUGAUGGUGACAAUGACAUCGACACUGACGAUAACAUUGACAAAGAUGGUGGCAAUGACAUUGACACUGACAAUAACAUUGACAAUGAUGGUGACAAUGACACUGACAAUAACAUUGACAAUGAUGGUGACAAUGACGUUGACACUGACAAUAACAUUGGCAGUGAUGAUGACAAUGACAUUGACAAUGAUGGUGACGACAACAUGGACAAUGAUGGUGAUAAUGACAUUGACAAUCACAAUGACAGUGACAGUGUUGAUGAGGAUGAUGAUGAUGAUGAACGUGUAUAGCUUAAUUCAACAUUUGUUUAAGUGAAGUAAAGAUGUGACGGUUAAAGGAAUAGAAUGAAAUCCUUCAUCAUUCAUUUGCCAUAUACGCGUUGCGUAUGUUUAUAUGACCCUUUUGAUGCCCACUGAUGGCCACGUCAACUUGGAUUUCUGGAUAUUCAUAACUUCUUUACACACCACUAGCCAAUCACCUUUGGUUGAUCACUCAUUCCACUUCUGUUAUUCUUUCUUAUCAACUUGUUUAAGGGGGCUCUCCAUAUCCUGGUAUUCCCGUGGAAAAUCUUUAUGGACUGCUCAAGUCAGGUUACAGGAUGAAACGUCCCAUCAAUUGCGACAGGGAACUGUAAGUGAGAUUGACCUCCUUCUUCAGAAGCGCUAGUUAUGUCUUGUCACUGCUUCAGUUCCUCUAAGAAGAGGUUCGAAUUAAAUCACAUGAUAAUGUUUCUAAGGCUCUUUUUAGGUAAAUUGUAACGUCAGGCAAAGUUGGGAAGGCUAAAUGGAGAACAAAAUUUUAGAAGAAUUUACCGGAUUGACUCUUAAAACGAUUACGUGUAUUAACCUCUCGUUAUUUAUGUAUUUAUUUUUUUUCUUAUUCUGUUUUGUCAUAUAUUUAUUUGUUGUUGUUGCACUCACAUACGCAUAUAGGUAAUUUAUGACGUAUUGUGUGUUUGAUAGUGCCUGUGAAGUAGUGUUUUUUGCGAGUGUUACCCGUGCAUUGUUAUUAAGUUAACAUGCUCCACGUAAUUUCAUUACUGGAUUUAAUAUGAGUUUUUCAAGUGUAAAAUAGUAAUGUAAGUACAGUUAGUAUCGUAUGUAAUCUUUUAUUCUGCUGGGUCUAGUGGUGCGAGUAAAAUUGAGUUAAGAAAAACUUCAUUAUCGUUAUUAUUGCAAACUUAUCUUUGUCAACACAGAUCAACUCACUUUCUCGUUGUAUUUUCUUCUCCUUAGGUAUCAGCUUAUGCUAAAUUGUUGGAAUGAAUUUGCUGAUAAAAGACCGACGUUUCCGGAACUUGUCCACGAAUUCGAUCAGAUGAUAUCGAUGCUGUCAGACAAGGUAGAUUGUAUUAAUACCUGACUCAGAAAUAGUACUCUGAAGAAAUGUCCCCCCCUCUUCUCCCCCACUCACCUAUGCCCAUGCAAUUACAAUACAAUUUUAAAGAAAUUCGGAUUAUAAUCUCGUUUCUUACAAUGCCCUGUUCACUGUUUCAAGGAAAAAAGCCAGUUUUACCAUCUUGUGAGAGACUUGAAUGCGUACUGGUUAAAUUAAAACAUGCCACAUAAAUGAUCGCCAUGCGUGUGAUCGAGCUGGUGAUCAUGUUAUUUUGGUUAAAGGCUUAAGUCUUUCUCCAAGCAUAGUAGGUUUAUCCGUCUAGCCAACUCUUUUUUCAGUUCAUCAGGGGGCCAACGAUUUUAAUCCAUACUACGUUUUGAAUUGAUUAGUAACGCGGAAAAUCCACUUAAGUAUUGGUCACGAUUCGCUUCCAUCCAUUUAUCAUCCUGCAAGAGUUAAAGCUCUUUGAAUACGAAGUGUUUUUCCGUCAAAGCAACACAGUAACCAACAUACUCGAAACUGGCCGGCCCAAUUCGUGACUAGGCACCGUCUAGCCUUUUGAGUCCCUUGGUCAAUAAGACAUAUUCCUGACAUUGUCGGCUUAAGUAUCAAACAAAACUCCAAAACGAAUCUCUUGUCUUAAAAAUUGCCUUGCUCCCCCAUAGGAAUAUCUUGACCUUCAACCGCCACUUGUGAGUCCAUUGACUCCCAAAACCCCUUCGUCUUCCGAAGAAGACAACGUUUUCGGAAGUUCAGAGCACGUGUCUAAAAGUAGCAACAGUUUGAAUUGUGAUGACGGGGAAGGAUACCAAGAUGACGUUCACGAUGAAGAACACACGCCUGACAGUGAUGGAUACGCAGAUAUACGUCAUAACCUUGACAGUGAACCCUUUUUAGCCACCGGUGAAAGCAAAACCUCAUUGGCGUCUCACUCAUCGUCUCUUUUUGCGAAAAGGAAACUAGACCAGCUUAAUGGUAGCAUUGUAUCGCUUUCCUCUCAGCUGAGCAAACAAUUUCGUGGCACAGGAGAAAACGAGGAUGAUAGCAAAGAGGAAAAUAUUGGGCUUUUGGACGAAGACUUGGAUCAAGCAAGUGACGAUGCCUUCGAGGUGAAUGAUCCGAAAGCCGCACGUGAAGAAUCCAGUGACAAGUGCGCGUCAGAAAAACUGGGAAAUAGUGUUACCAUGGAAACUGAUGCGCCGUCAAGACAGGUAGAUCCCUCUGUCUUAAUUCACAAAAGACAACAAGAAAAAAAGACUCCUCAAAGGAGGCCUUCUCAGCAGACUGAGGUCUAAACAAGAACAUUUUAUGCGGUUGGUUCAAGUUUUGACCCAUUCCAUGUCCUUUAUUUGUGACUGGGCUCGUCCAUAAAAUGAACCAUCUUACGUGAAUCGAAAGGGUUGCUUCCGGUCCUCGAAUGCGUUCAUGUGGGUACAGUCGUCUUUCGCUGCCAUCGUCGAGGCGUUGAUGUCAAGAUUAUAGGCUUCUUUUAGUUGUGUCACGUCGUUUAGCAAGAUGGUGUUUCACUGCGUAACCAGUGAUGUUACUAGCGACUGAGAUAUCAAUGUAGUAUCAAAAGUAUCUUUCGUAUUAGCGUUUGACGUUUAACGUCGGUUAUUUAUGGAAUAACUUAAAAGUUUCUCUAUAAGUCAAAGCAAUCAAUACGCAAUCCUUCGCCUUCUUGGUUCCUGACCCAAAUUGUUCCAUAUCAUAAUUUCUUAUGCAAAUUCCUGACCAGACUCAACGAUACCAUUUCUUGGGAGACAAAAAAUCAGGGUCUAAACUACUCAGUGGGUGGGUAGUGGGAUUCUGGAGAAGUUACGAGCUCGCACAAGCGAUUAUUUUGUGACAAAGUUAACAGCAUGUUAACUACCAAAAAAGAGAAAGAGCUCGCCUUUUUAUCGUUGUUGCUCAAGAGUGUUCGUGAUUCCGAUUUAGAAACCUUUCACCAAACUUUCACAGGAUCAUUGUUUUGGAUGAAAAGUUAAGCUCUGUUGUUUAUUUUUCCAACCGUGGGAAAUAUUUUAGAUCACACUGGUAAAACUCUCUCUACGAUAUUUAGUGGGAAAUGGAUUUUUAUAUUCAAAGUGAGCAGGUGAAUUAGAGUAUACUCGUCUUGCUCGACGAUUAAAACAAUGUUGAACUAAACCAAAAACUGGGAAAUGUUCGAGGGAAGCAAGUAAAUUCCAUUGUUUUGUUUAAAAACAGGAAAAUUUGCAGUAGAAGAUAAAAGUGGAAAAAUUAUAUUCGAAAUGAAUACUUUAUUAAGCGCAAUCUGCUUUUUUUUUUGUUUCUUUUCAAAAGAUAUUUUAAAAUUUUUUUGAAAUUUUUCGGAAUUUAAUUGUAAAAAGUCUCAUUUCAUUCGUGCACUAGACAAUAAUGUACAAGUAGAAUGUUUGUGAACAGAGAAAAACUUCUGUAGAUAUGUUCUUGUUGCCCUGCAUGAAUGCUUCUUCGGUGAAAUAUUAAUUUUGUAAGUAAUGAAAAAAAAAGCGAUCAUCGGGAAUCGAUAAAAAUGAAGAAGUAAGAUCCUAUUUGAGAAUAAAAGUUACUGUUCUGUGAAGACCAAUGAUUUAAUUCAUUCUUAGUUAGUGAAGAUUUGUGUUGAGUAACGUUUCCACAAAGAAUUAAUCAGGUGUUGAAAGGUUUGAAAUCCAAAUCCUGAACCCAUACACAGCAAGUUUAUCCUGAAAAAAAAAGUCGAAUUUGCCACAGUGGUGUGCGCUCUUUUUUAUGCAGCUGAUUGCCCAUGGCGGGCGAUUUAUAUUUGGAAAUAAACUACGGCAAUUAAGAUCGGCUCGAUUAAACUAACGAAUAG